AUGACAACAUCUCGUGAAUUUUGGUAUUCACAGUUAGAAGAAUACAAUUUGGGAUCUCGAUUGUCAUUACCAAUCGAUCAACACUAUUUAUCUAAUGAUCUACGAUCUGGUUCUGCUUGUACUACUCAAAUCUCUUUCGACAGAGAAAUAUCCUCAUCAUUUCUUGAUUAUGCUUCUAUACAUCAUGUGACACCAUUUCAAUUAGGUCUGAGUAUAUUAUAUGCUUUUCUUUUCAAGUUAACGCAUGGUCAAACUGAUUUAUGUAUUUCUUGCCAUAAUGCUAAUCGAUACAAAACAGAAUUGCAAAAUAUAAUAGGAAUGUUUGUUUCAACACUACCAUAUCGUAUUAAACUUGAUCCACAAUGGUCAUUUGAUGAACUUACUAAACAUGUACAAGAAAAAUGUCUAUCAAUUCUUGAACAUUCACAUUAUCCACUUCAGCGUAUUCUUCGUGAUUUUCAUCUUAAUCAAUCCACUGUUCCUUUUCUUCAGACAGUUUUUGAUUUCAUUACUGUAUCUUCAGUUAACGAUCAGUUUACUUUCGAUGAUGUUAUUUUACAGCCAGUGUUGUUAAAACAACUUUCAGAAGUGGCUAAAUUUGAUUUUAAGUUUGCAUUUAUUUGCAAUCCACUCUCGGAUGACAACAUAUUAUCAUGUCGUUUAACUUGUUCACGGGAUCUAUUUGACAAUAAGACAGUUACAAAAAUGAUAGAAAGAUUUCAAUAUCUUUUCGAACAACUUUUUUCAAUGAAUUUCAACGUUAACCAGACUGAUUUAGUAGUUUCAUCUAUUGCCAAACUUACUCUUAUUUUAACAGACGAAGUGAAUGAAAUGCAACAAGCAGCUUUUUCCCGUCAAUCAAAUGUGACGAAUGAAGGUAUGUCUUUUUCUUAUUUAUCUCAUUUAUAUGAUACUUUUAUUGCUAUAGAUCAGUUAGAUGAGAGAGAUAUGUAUGAUAUGUAUAAAUAUUAUAUUUUCAAAGUUAAAAAUAAUGAUUGACUUGUGUUAGUUCCAGAAUCUUAACGUUAGUCUGUUUUUCAAUACGCAAUAAAAAUAUAUAAUAUGAAACGCUCUCACUAUUUUUCAAUGUUAAAUCCUUUCAAAAUGUUUUUACAAAUAGAAUAUUAUAUAGUAUAGAUAGAUGACGUUUAGUAGUAAUGAUAAGUAUAAGAAUUAUGAUUAAGAAGGUGACAGGUUUUUGGCAUGAUUGUUUUCGACUAAGAUUCUAAGAAUAAUAUGGCAACUGAGUGAAACAUAGUUUAGUUUCUAAAGUUUUAGAUAGGUUUUUUUGAAAUAUUAAUUUGACAUGAUAAAAUUCAGGUUUAAUACAGGAGAUAAUGAGUUAUAUCAAUAUCGAUAACAAUUUCGUUAUCUUAUAAUAAUCUAAUUAUUGUAUUGUCAACUCUGUUUCUGUAAACAUCAAUUAAAACAACAACAACAUAUUUUAGUGACAUUAACUUAUAUUUUUUAAUUAAGACUAGAUAUUGUUCAAGUGCGCAUUGCCUCUUUACACUAUAGUUUAACGCUUUUUAGAGAAAUCUAUAUUUAUAAUUUUAAAUAAAGCUAACCAUUUUUUAAUGAAAUUUGCUUUAAAUAUAUGAUGAUGACGAAUAUAAGAAUAUGAUGAAUAGAAAACUAUCAGACAUUUCGAUAACUUCAGUGUCAUACAUGAGAAAGUAAAUAGCAACAUCCGUAAACUAGGUAUAAAUGUGAUUAUUUUUUUUUCAAUCGACACCCAUACUCACAGUCAUU